AUGUCUCGCCUCAAGGAAUCCAAGCAAGCUGGACGCAGAUUACUGCUCAACUACAUUGAUGCCGUGGCUGCUGUGAACCCUACCAAAGUAGUCUUCACCCAGAUCAUCUCCUUUGAUCCACCAGUUCAAUACGACCUCACGUAUCAGGAGCUGGCGAGCAUCGUCAACCGUCAGGCCUGGUGGCUGGCUGAGUGUCUUCAUGGGAAAGCCAGAGACGUCACCAUCGCCUACGUGGGCCCCAGCGAUGCUAGGCACCUGAUUCUGUCUCUCGCUGCAGUGAGGGCCGGUUCGAGGCUGCUACUACUAUCCCCACGGAACAGUGUUGCAAUCCAUGAGCAUCUCAUAAAGGAGACCCAGAGUGCCGCAAUCCUAUAUGAUUCCUCAUUCUCAACCGCGAUCACUGAGUUGACCUCCCUCAGCCAGAUAACUGCCGUGCAAGCUCCAGGGCUCGUGGACCUUCUUUCAGACACCACGCUUGCGAACGAAUAUCCCUAUGGGGAUACCUUUAAGGAUGCGUCAGACAAGCCACUUGUGGUUUUCCAUACCAGCGGCUCUACGGGGAUGCCCAAGCCUGUGACCUUUGUCCACUCCGCCCUGGCAGCUGUCGACAGUUUACGGGAACUAUACUCAGAGGACUCCUACCGCGUUAGUGUUCAUCGGGUCAUAGAUGCUGUGGAAGCCACCUACAACGGGUGUCCCCUCUUCCAUACUGCUGGUUUCGUCGUGAGCUUUUUCCUCGUAUUUAGUGGCUGCGUCACGGUCAUUGGACCCCCCGACCAACCCUCCAGUCCUCAGAUGUUCAAGCAAAUAUUGCACUCAACGCACACCCAGGGCGCGUUGCUGCCGCCUCUUGUAAUCGAUCAGAUCGCAGAGGAGCCCGCCAUGGUUGAGGAAGCUGCUAAGCUCAAGUUCCUCACAUACGGAGGUGGUUCCGUCAGCCGCGCAGCGGGUGACCUGCUCUCUAAGAGAACCAACCUGAUCAAUGUUCUUGGUAGUAGCGAGUGUGGGCUUAUUGGCGCAUAUAUGACCGAACCAGAGCACUGGGACUGGUUUCACUUCGCCGAGAAAGAGAUGGGAAUCAAGUGGGAGCCCGUAGAUGAAGCCAAGGAGAAGCCUGAGUUCUUUGAGAUGGUUCUUCGCCGCGAGGAGCUCCCCCAGAAGCAGGCAGUUUUCGCAAACUUCCCAGACUUGGACGAAUGGCACAUGCGGGAUAUCUUCUAUAGACACCCCACGAUUCCAUACUACUACAAGUACCAAAGUCGAAAGGAUGACGUUAUUGUCUUCUCGACCGGUGAAAAGACGAACCCCAUCGACGUGGAAGCAGGAAUCAAUUCGCUCCCAGGGGUAGCGGCCAGCCUAGUGGUUGGGCAUAAGCGGCCGUACCCUGUUCUUUUGGUUGAAUUGGCAGCUUCUGCAACAGUGGACGAUACCCUACCAGACAUACAUAGAGUGCUGGAAGAGCUCAACAAGCUGAGCAUGAAAUACGCGCAGAUCCACCGCGGUGACGUCCUCUUCGCCGAGCCGGAGAAGCCCUUCGUUCGCACUCCUAAAGGGACGAUAAACCGCAGCCAGACCAACAAACUGUAUGCAGAGGAGAUUGAAGCUCUAUACAGCUCGGCCACAGAGAUCCCAGAUCAGGCACUCCAAGCUCGGCUGGAUCCAUCAACUGAUGAAACCCUCACAGAGAGUAUCGCGGCUAUGGUCGGCGACCUCACGGAGGUCAAAGACCUAGGCAUCAGUGAUGACUUCUUCGCAAGUGGUUUAGACUCGCGUCAGGUACAGAUACUGGCGGCAACAUUGGCUCGAUCUUUGCCAGACCAGAAAGAUGUCCUGUUCCUACGCAAUGCAGUGUACAUGAAUCCGACUGCGAGUGGAUUGGUGAACUAUAUCCGCCGUAACGCUACGGAGGAUGUAUCAGCAACUCUUGAUGCUCUAUUCGAGAAGUAUGAAGCUAUUCGUGCCUUGGCAUAUCCAGUAACUAACGAACCUCUCCUCGGCCUCCACGAAGAAGCCUAUACACACCUUGUCUCAACCGUCACAGAAGUGAUUCAUUGCCAAUGGCCAGUCACGUUCAACCUCCCGCUCGCCCUCUUUGAGCCCCAGUUUGCCGGUAUCGUCAAUCUCGUUCAGCUAGCUUAUGACUCACAGCAGAACGCCCGCAUCAUUUUUCUCUCCUCAAUCGCUACCAUCCAGGGCUGGGAUAAGGGUACGCCUGUCCCGGAGGCACCGCUUGAUUUGAUCAAAUACACCCAAGGCGGGUACGGACAGAGCAAGAUGCUUGCGAGCAAACUGCUCGGCCAGGCGGUUGCUACAAGCGGUGUUCAUUCUGCAGUCUGCCGAGUCGGCCAGGUGGGCGGGCCUAUUCAUGGGGACGGUAAAUGGCCUGAGCGCGAUUGGUUCCCGACUCUCCUGCGUGCGUCUGAAGUCAUGGGCGUCUUGCCGAAUUCCAUAGGACACUUCGACGACGUAGACUGGCUCCCUGUUGACUCUCUGUCCGCGGCCCUCGUCACACUCGCACUCGACCUGGACGAUCUAGAUACAGAGCAAACAGGACCCAAGACUAACAAAGGAGCAGCAUAUUACCACUUUACCAACCCCUCCGUCUCUUCAUACCCAGAGCUCAUCCCGGCAAUUACACGCCAUUUAGCAAAUGGAACGUCCACCAUGAAGCUUGAACUCGUCGACACCCUCGCUGAGUGGACCGAGCGGCUAGCUGCCUGGACGCCAACGAGCAAUGGCACUGACUCCGGCGAGUCGAAGGCCGUGGAGUCAUAUAUGACCGCAGCCACAGCCUUAUUGGAGUUCUACCAGGGUUUGGCGAGUAACCUGGACCAACCGAAUGUGAUGCUCGAUACGACCUUGACGACAGGGAAGAUUCCUUAUUUGACGACCGUUGGUGCCGUCAAUGAAUCUUGGAUCGAGCUCUGGUUGGAUCAGUGGGGGUUUAGGAAAUAGAUUGGCUUUAGAGUUCCUGAAUCUCAGCCAAGAUUGAGCGUUGGGAUCGGAGACUGUAGAGAAUUUAGGCAACAAAUUACCAGGCACUAUCUUGGGAACGAGGAAGAAAAUAUAGGUCCCUAUCCGUUCGG